GGCGUCACCCAAUAAGUAACCAAAUUUAUUAACAGUCACCUAACACGUCAUCAUUCACCUCUUGUUUUCACUAUAUAUACUCUCAUCUUCUUACCAUAUCAUCAGCACCAAAUUAAACCUUCACUAAAUUCCAUUACACUAAACAUUCAUCACUGUCCGAAGAUUAAAAGAAAUGGCAGGAAAAAAUCAAGAACAGGAUUCAACUGAGGCCAUUGGAUGGGCUGCAAAUGACCCAUCUGGCAUUCUUUCUCCUUACAAAUUUUCAAGAAGAGAAACGGGAGAGAAUGACGUGUCGUUUAAGGUUCUAUAUUGUGGGAUGUGUCACUCUGAUAUUCACAUGGCUAAGAAUGAAUGGGGCAAUUCUGUUUACCCUCUUGUUCCUGGGCAUGAAAUUGUGGGAGUGGUGACAGAAGUGGGGAGCAACGUAGAAAAUUUCAAAAUCGGAGAUAAAGUAGGUGUCGGCUAUAUGUCCGGAUCAUGCCGAUCAUGCGAUAAUUGCAGCGACGAUCUUGAAAAUUACUGUCCGAAAAUGCUAGUAACUUGUUCAUCAGCCAAGUACUACGACGGAACCACCACUUACGGAGGCUAUUCGGACACAAUGGUGACUGACAAGCACUUUGUUGUUCGUAUUCCGGACAAUCUUCCGCUUGAUGCGACUGCUCCGCUCCUGUGCGCUGGCAUAACGGUGUAUAGUCCGUUGAAAUAUUACGGACUAGAUAAAGCUGGUAUGAAAAUUGGUGUGGUUGGACUCGGCGGACUCGGUCACAUGGCUGUGAAAUUCGCUAAAGGUAUGGGAGCUAAGGUGACAGUCAUUAGUACCUCUGUGAACAAGAAACAGGAGGCUAUUGAACAUCUUGGUGCUGACUCAUUCUUGGUCAGCCGUGACCCAGAUCAGAUGCAGGCAGGAAUGGGGACAUUAGAUGGUAUAAUUGAUACAGUGUCAGCAAAUCAUCCUCUUAUGCCAUUAAUCAGUCUAUUGAAGACUAAUGGAAAAUUAGUUUUGAUUGGUGCCCCAACGAAGCCAUAUGAGCUACCAGCUUUUCCAUUGCUUAUGGGACGGAAAAUGGUCGGUGGUACCAUGAUUGGAGGAAUGAAGGAAACUCAAGAAAUGUUACAUUUUGCUGCCGAACAUGGCAUAACAUCGGAUAUUGAACUUAUUCCGAUUGAUUAUGUGAAUACUGCUACGGAACGAAUGUUGAAAGGUGAUGUUAGAUAUCGAUUCGUCAUCGACGUUGCUAAUACUAUCAAGGCUGCAAAGUAAACUUUGUACACAAAUCGAUUGAUUGAUGGCGAUUUCAAGCUUCUAAAACGGUUAUUGCUCUUAGUUAAGUUUUAUUUUAAUGUUAAUGUUUAUGAUCUCUAUUUAUUUGAGAGGGACUUGAUUACGAUCUCUACUUUUAUUGUAUUGGUAUUGUUAUAUAUUAAUAUGUAGUAAUUUGGAUUUGAGUGACA